AGUCUCAUAACACUUUUAUCCUUCUGCAGUGGAAGCAUCAGUACACGGAAGCAAUGUACACUGCACAGAUAAGACAAUUGAAGCUGCAGAGGCCUUGCUUCAUAUGGAGUCUCCUACCUGCCUGAGAAAUGCCAGGAGUCCUGUUGAAGUUUUGGUCCCUCCUUGUGUGUCAACCCCAGAGUUCAUCCAUGCAGCCAUGAGGCCUGAUGUGAUCGCAGAAACUGUGGUAGAGGUGCCAGCAGAUGAAUCUGAACCAAUGGAUUCAUCUCCUGCUCGAACGUCCCCUGAUAUCCAUGAACGAAUGAAGAAGAAAAAAGCUGGCCGUAAACCCAAGAGCCAACAAUCGACCAUUUCAGAUGGGUCUCCAGACCUAGGUAUAAAGAAGAAACCUAGAGAAGGCAAAGGAAAUACAACAUACUUAUGGGAGUUUCUUCUGGACCUUCUCCAGGACAAAAAUACUUGUCCUCGUUAUAUUAAGUGGACUCAGCGGGAGAAAGGAAUCUUUAAGCUUGUGGACUCGAAAGCUGUCUCCAAACUAUGGGGAAAACACAAAAACAAGCCUGACAUGAACUAUGAGACCAUGGGAAGAGCUCUGAGAUACUACUAUCAAAGAGGAAUCCUUGCCAAAGUUGAGGGACAGAGGCUCGUUUAUCAGUUUAAGGAGAUGCCAAAAAAUAUAGUUGUCAUCGAUGAUGACAAAACCGAACCCUGCAGUGAAGAUUUGUCAAUGCCUACAGAUGAGAAGUCAUUGGAGAGAGUGUCUUUAUCUGCAGAAAACCUCUUGAAAGCAGCAACCUCUGCACGCGGAGGAAAAAACUUGUCUCAGUUAAGCUGUACCAGAACAGAAAAAGCAGUCACCAGAGUGGUGAAUAUUGCCUCACCAGCACACGAUUCAUCAUCAUCUCGCCCCUCGACAACCACUACUACUGUCCCAGCAUCGUCAGCUCCCAGGACUGUACGUGUGGCAAUGCAAGUGCCUGUUGUAAUGACCUCUCUGGGACAGAAAAUUUCUACUGUGGCAGUGCAGUCAGUAAAUGCAGGGUCGCCGUUAAUUACCAACACAAGUCCAACAACGGCAACAACUCCAAAGGUAGUAAUCCAGACAAUCCCGACUGUGAUGCCAACCGCUUCUGAGAAUGGAGACAAAAUCACCAUGCAGCCUGCCAAGAUCAUUACGAUCCCCGCCACGCAGCUGACGCAGUGUCAGGUACAGACAAAACCGGGCCUGACUGGGUCGGGAAGUAUCAACAUCGUUGGAACCCCGUUGGCUGUUAGAGCGCUGACCCCGGUGUCCAUAGCUCACGGGACACCAGUGAUGAGACUAUCGGUGCCUGCGCAGCAGGCGUCAGGCCAGACUGCCCCCAGGGUUAUUAGUGCAGUAAUAAAAAGCCCGGAAGUGAAAUCAGACACAGCGGCUGUAACGCAAGAACGUGAAGUGAAAACGCUGCAGCUCUUACAGGAAGAGAAGACGGCAGAUGGGAGCAAGACUGUAACCCAUGUCGUGGUAGUUAGUACGCCCUCAGCUAUCGCGCUUCCUGUGACAAUGAAAACAGAAGGAAUCCUAACGUGUGAGAAGUGAAGAACAGGUUGCUUCCAGCGUGGACUUACGGACCGUUCCUGUUUUGUUUAAACUGACAUAAUUGGGGAGGGAAGUGGAGGCGAUCGCCACGUCAAAAAGGAGAGUGGGGAAGUGUUAAAAAACAUGAGUUGCAUUGGAGACUUAGUGGGGAGAAAAAGAAGUGUUUUUUCCCGUGUUUCAGUGGGAAUGGAACCACAUUGCUAUGCUGACAGAAACGGCCUCUUCCAGUCAGGAGACAGCUGAACCCGUGGAGAAGGAACAGUAGAGAGACUGAAAAGGGACCAAGCAGUUCACUAUGCUGUCACAGCACACUAAGACCUGGAACACUAAAAUUGAAUUGUGUGAGAGGUUUGCCUUGGUUUUUGGUUUUUCAGGGAAGAGGAAAGUCUCAUUUCUAGAAAUGGCAAAGUUGAUGAAUCUUAUAUGCAUACCAGCAAUCACUGCUGCGUGCCCGCAGUACUCAACUGGUGCUAAGUGAAAACCUCUGCUACUAGGUAUUGUAGAAUGUGAAAUAAAGGAGAUUGAAGAGCUUCUAAAAGAAGACAGAGACCUAGAGGGAUUUUUGUAUCAUAGCUUAAGCAGAUUUAAAAUGAAAGCCUUAGACUGAUUUUCAAUUAUCUUUCUUGAAAUAAGCUAAUGGCUUGUUUGUUUAAAGCUUUUUUAUUAAAACAAAUUUUUUAAAAAAUCUUGUACCUAGCACAGUAUUGUUAUAGAAUUACAUGUAACAUAUUUUGUAUGGUAGGUAAAGUCUGUCUAAAUUUCUUAAUUGUGGACAAAACAGCAGCAGGCCUCCGGCUUUCUGCUGUAACAUGCCUGUGUCUCUCACUUAGCCUUGACAUCUGUGCAUACAUUUCAGUUUCAGCUCUACUCUGUCACUUGAAAGGUCACACCCAGCAUGAGCUUUCGUCAGGUAGUUCUAAACCUGUAAAUUUUUUUUUCUUAGUUGAAGUUAAGAGGGAAGUACCAGUGUUCAGAAUGAACUAUAAUAGUUUGUAUAUUCAACAUUUGAAGUAUAUUCUAUUUUGUUGUACUCUUGUUUCAAAGUGUAUUCAAGUAGGUUUUACUGAAAUAUAGAGAUGAAAUUUG